AUGAGGGUAACCGUCAAGGACGUGGAUCAGCACGAAUUCGUUCAACAAGUAGCAUCGUUUUUGAAGAAAACCGGAAAGGUGAAGGUUCCAGAAUGGUCGGACGUCGUUAAACUGGGCGUUUUCAAAGAACUGGCACCCCUGGAUCCGGAUUGGUACUAUACCAGGACAGCGUCUGUUGCACGUCAUCUUUAUCUGCGAUCACCUGCAGGAGUUGGAGCUUUCAAGAAGAUUUAUGGUGGUCGAAAGCGUCGUGGUUCUGCACCGGCCCAUUUUUGCAGGGCGUCGGGAAGUGUUGCUCGGAAAUGUCUUCAGACCCUAGAAGCGAUCAAAUGGGCUGAAAAGCAUCCGACAGGCGGUAGACGCUUAAGCGUACAAGGUCGCAAAGAUUUGGACCGUAUCGCCACGCAUAUGAAACAAGCUCAGAAACAACCUGCUGAACUUUGUUAA